CCUGACUCAAUUCGUGACUAACUGACUCAAUGUUUCUUUGUCUUCCACUUGCCAUCGCAAUGCUUCUUCUUUUGGUUGCUUGUUGUCUACUACAGUAUACUACUUUGUAAUGAGAUAGCUGUCACCAUGGUCCUCUCGUCGCUGCUUCCCGAGAAGAAGUCUCCCAUUGCUGGAAUUCCCGUCAUUCCAGGCGGCACUUUGUGGGGCGGCCAUUUACAUUUGCUGCAAGAACCCGACUUUCGCCAAGCUCUUCACAAUUGGACCGUGGCGCACGCGGACGACCAUGGACGAUGUACGUUUUACAUGGGUCCCACGACGCCGAGUUUGAGUGUCACCCAUUGCGACGAUGUCCAACACUUGCUCAAAGCGAGUGCGCAUCGAAAUGCCUUCCCACUGAUGCGAACUCAUUUUGAACAACUCUUUGGCAAGAACACUGUUGGUCUGGCGAAUGGCAAGGAAUGGAAGCAACAACGCAGUCGCAUCACCAAGGCAUUGCAUUCCACGGCCGUCGUCCAACAUCACGAACGGGCAUUUACGGAAACCACACAGCGAUUUGUCAAGCAAUUGUUGUUUGCGAACGACACAACAACGAGUUUGGAGUGUCCCGAUUUGGUGCCACUCAUGAAAGCACUCACCAUGGAUUGCUUUGGUCAAGCUGCUUUUCACGUUGAUUUUAAAACUUGUCAGCAAUUGAUGCAAAAGCAAAAUGACAAUGACAACAACAAUACUGGUAGUGUCGCCAUUGGACCUGCCUUUGAGGCUCUCACCACGGAUCUCAUGAGACGCAUGUCCAAGGAUGUCUUGGUACCAACGUCCCACGUGUACUCUUUGCCCACGGCGGCCAACCAAACGUACGCACACGAAAAAGAAAAGGUUCUCAACUUUUUACUCGAUAUUAUUCGAAAACGACAAGAAUUGAUGAAGCAACAAGACAAGGACGUGCCGGCAGAUUUGUUGUCGGGAUUUCUGGAACAUUUUUCCACCGAAGUGGAUGGCAAUGACGCAAAUCAUAACGAACAAGAGUUGGCACUCAUCAUUGCUCAGAGUAUUCUUGGACUGCUCUUUGCAGGAUAUGAAACUUCCUCCGUUACCAUGUCUUAUACAUUGCAUCAAUUGUCGCAACAUCCAGAGGUUCUCGACAAGUGUUUGGAAGAAAUAAAGCAGGUACAAAAAAACGACAACGACGACAACAAUAACCCACACACUUCCACCACCAUUGAUACACCAUUCGUGUACUUGGAAGCUGUCGUCAAGGAAACGCUACGUCUCUAUCCACCGGCCAUUUCCACAACCCGCACUGCUGAACGAGAUUUUGAAUUACCGGCCAUUCCAGGAGGAACACUGGACGACAAGGACAAGAUCCACGUCCCCAAGGGGACAUACCUCUAUGUCCCCAUAUGGAUCAUUCAGCGCGAUCCCAAACACUUUGAUCAUCCCAACGAGUUUCGACCCGAGCGGUGGGUCACUCGUAACAACGCUAGCGAGUGGCAACCACGUUCCGACGUGAAUGCAAAGGCAUGGAUCCCCUUUUCGGCCGGUGCCAGGGCGUGUCCGGGACAACGAUUUGCCAUGCAAGAAAUGAUCACCAUAUUGUCCACCUUGUUGCCACUCGUCACUCUAAAAGCACCUGACGAUUACGUCUUGGAACCGCAUCGCGAUGGAUUUGUCCAGGUUCCCAAGGGGGGAGUCCCCAUGACGCUGGGAAAACGAUAGGAAGGAAAGGCAUGUUUGUUCCCAACACACGGUACCGUAGCUGACGCAAGGGGGACUGGCCACGAUUGCAUGAGUCUGUUUCCAGCCAUAGUUGCUGUCUUGCACAGCUGUUCGACUUGGCCGACUCAUUCCGGUACCGAGUAUGCGUUUAAAAUUAAUUGCAAAUAGCUCCAGCAUUC